UUUUAUAACCCUAGUUUUCCUGCUUCUAAACUCUCUGUUCUCACCAUAAUCUUGUUCUUAACAGUAAAAAAUUUUGGGUUUUUUUCUUUUCUUAUUGUACUAACGGUUAAAUAUCCGAUUUUCUUUUGUUGGGUUGUUUUUUGUAUUUAUGCUGGUGAAGAAAUAUGGGUGUACUGGAAAAGAUUUCGGAAGUAUUGUAUGACAAUGAGGAGAAGACAGUUGAGUUGAGGCAAAAGAUUCUGACGUUGAUUUUAGAAUGGGGGUGUUUUGAUAAGGACUUAAAAUUGCCUAACAACUGUUUGAAGGAAUGUUUCACUGAUACUAGGGAGUCGUUAGAGAGGAAAGAGGAGGAGUUGGAGUUGAAGUGGAAAAAGUUGAGUGCGGCGAGGAGAGGGUUUGCUGAGACUGUGAAGUUAAGGGAGGAGAAGUUGAAUGAUCAGGAGAAGAUGGUGGAGAGAUUAUGGGAGGAGGUUGAGUUUGAGAGGAAACAAAUUGGGGAUGUGGAGGAGAAGUUAAUGGGGAUUCAUGCGAAAGAGAAGGAGUUGAACAAGAUUCAGAUUUGGAUUCGCAAUGAAACACAAGCUCUUGAGUUGAAAGAUCAAGAAUUGGCUGAAAAGAUGGAGGAGUUUCAAAAGUUGCAGAGCAUGAAGAAGGAAUAUGACGUUAAGGUAAUGGGGUUGGAAUCUAUAAAGAAUGAACUUAGGGCGAUCGAGAAUAACUUGGAUAAUGUGAAAAAAGAACUAAAGGAGAAUGAAAGUAACUUGGAAUCUGUGAAGAAGGAUGUUAUUUUCCAGGAAAGUAAGUUGGAUAAUGCAAAGAAAGAACUAAGGGUGACUGAAAAUAACUUGGAUUAUGUGAAAAAAGAACUAAAGGAGAAUGAAAAUAACUUGGAAUCUUUGAAGAAGGAUAUCACCUUCCAGGAAGGUAAGUUGGAUAGUAUGACGAAAGAAUUAAGAGCAAAGGAAAGUAAAUUGGAGGUUUUGAAGAAAGAAAUUAGAGAAAAGGAAAAUAACUUGGAAUUUGUGAACAAGGCACUUGUUGUUAAGGGAAACAGGUUGGAUGGUGUGAAGAAAGUAUUAAGCGUGAAGGAAGGUAACUUAGAUUAUUUGGAGAAGGAACUUAGAGAAAAGGAUAAGAAAAUGGAUUAUCUGAAAAAAGAACUAAAGGAGAAUGAAAAUAACUUGGAAUCUGUGAAGAAGGAUCUCACUGUUAAGGAAAGUAAGUUGGAUAGUGUGAAGAAAGAAAUUGGAGUAGAGGAAAGUAAACUGGAGAUAUUGAAGAAAGAAGUUACAGAAAAGGAAAAUAACUUGGAAGCUGUGAACAAGGCACUUGCUGUUAAGGAAAACAGGUUGGAUGGUGUGAAGAAAGUAUUAACACUGAAGGAAGGUAGCUUAAAUUGUGUGGAGAAGGAACUUCGAGAAAAUAAAAAAACAAUGGAUUAUGUGAAAAAGGAACUAAGGGAGAAAGAAACCAACUUGAAUUCUAUGAAGAAGGAACUUGCUGUUAUAGAAAAUAUGUUGGAUGGUAUGAAGAAAGAACUGACAUUGGAGGGAAGUAACUUAGAUGUUGUGGUGAAGGAACUUAGAGAAAAGGAAAAAAAAAUGGACUAUGUGAACAAGGAACUAUGGGAGAAGAAAACUAACUUGGAUUCUAUGAAGAAGGAAAUUGCUGUUUUGGAAAACAUGUCGGAUAGUAUGAAGAAAGAACUGACGUUGAAGGAAACUAACUUAGAUGUUGUGAGGAAGGAACUUAAAGAAAGGGUAAAAAACUUGAAUUUUGUCGAAACGGAGCUGAGGGAGAAGGUGAACGAAUCGGAGUCGGUGAAAAACGAAUUCAAAGCUGAAGCGGAUAACUUGAAUGCUCGUAGAAAGCAAGUUGAAUCUAAUGAGGAGAUCUCGUCCUCAAUGAAGAAGGAACUCGAACACAAGGAGAAAUUUCUGGGUGCAAUGAAGAAGAAACUUGAACUCCAGGAGGAACACUUGAAGUCAUUCAGUGAGAGACUCCAUUUAAGGGAGAUAGAGCUUGAUUCUACUCAAGAAGCAUAUGAGCAGCGUGUUGAAGUGCUUAAUUCAAAGGAGAAGAAGCUAAAUUCAGCAGAGGAAUUUACGAAAAAAAGCUAUGAGGGGUUUCAAUCUGAAAAGAGACGAUUCCUUGUAGAGCAAGGACUUUUUGAGCAACGCAUGAAAGAUGUUAUACUUAGAGAGGAGAGGAUUAAGGAUAGAUUAGAGGAGCUUGAAUCAAGAGAGAAACAUUUUGAGGAUCAGUGUAGAGAGCUCAGAGAGAAGGAGAAACAGUUGAAUGGUAUUCCUAAUGUGCACUUAAAGACACAAGCUACUGAAGAUGUAACAGUGGACAGGGUCUAUACUAUUGUAGGUAGUUCUGCUGUUACAAGAUUUGCUGUGAUAAUGGAUGGGAAGAGCUUACAGAUAUUCUUAAAUGAGCAUGAGAAGGAGCUGGAUUUGAUGUCUGAUGACGUUUUUGAGGCUCUGCAGAUGUCUCCUGACCCUGCAAAAUUGGUGCUUGAUGCAAUGGAAGGGUUCUAUCCUCCCCAUUUGAGAAAAGGAGAAACAGAGUUUGAGGGUAGUGUUGCCCGACGAAGCUGCAUUCUUCUGUUAGAGCAGUUAAUUAGGGUUUCACCAGAGAUUCAAGGUUCAACAAGGGAAACAGCAAGAUGCAUUGCAAGGGAUUGGAAGGUUAAAAUAAAGGCGACAGAAGGGAACCAAGAUGAGAUCUUGGUUUUCUUGUAUCUUUUGACUGCGUACAAUUUGGUUUCUUUCUUUGAUGCUGAUGAACUUGUGAUCCUGCUGGAGAUUGUUGCUAAGCAUGACAAAUUUGCAGAAUUGUGUCGUUCUCUUGGUAUGAAGCAGAAUUUACCUUGUUUUGUCCAGAAUCUUCUAACCAAGCAGCAACACCUUGAAGCUAUUAGAUAUGCUUAUGCUUUUGAACUAGUGGACCAUUUCCCGCCCACAGCCAUUCUGAAAGAUUACUUGGAACGUGUUGAACGUAAUUAUGUGAGUGUCUUGGAGAAAGAGACCUGCUCCGCUGAAGAAAAGAUUGAAGCCAUUGAACGAAUGGUUGCUUCUGUUAGAGCUGUUAUCAGAUGUAUUCUGGAUUACAAACUUCAGUCUCAAUAUCCGGUAGAACAACUUGAAGAGAUGAUAGAAUUUCUUACAAGGCAGAAGGAAGAUCAAGCUGCAUUAUCCCUCAUUUGUGAGGCUAAAAGGCCAGAGCAAGCUAAUGUGGAUCAGAUGGGAUCUACUAAUCCAUCUAUUCCCACAGGCACCAAGGCCCUCAACUCUCUAUCAGUCUCUGCUAAAGCCUGCGCUUGCACUUUCGAUCAUUCCAAUACUAUGGCAAUUAUCCUUAUGAACAUGAGUGGAAAGAAUUUACAGAAUUUUUUAAACAAGCAUUCUAAGGAGCACAAGUUGUUGCGCAGUGAAGUCUUUAGUGCUCUUCAAAUGUCACUGGACUCAGAUAUGCUUGUGUUGGAAGCACUGGGAGGGUUUUAUCCUCCCAACCACCAGAGAGAAGAGAUUGGAUUACAUCGUAAUAUUAUCAGGCAGAGUUGCAUCCUUUUAUUAGAACAAUUGAUGGAACUUUCACGGGAGAUUAUACCAGAGGCUAAAUUAAAAGCAAGCAAGCUUGCAUUUGCCUGGAAAGCAAAGAUGAUGGCUGAAAUGGAAAACCAUUUGACAAUCUUGGGUUUUCUGCUUCUUGUAGGUUGCUAUAGAUUGUCCUCUGCCUUCGAUAAAGAUGAACUUGAGAGUUUGUAUCACAAGGUAGCACAUCAUGUGAAUACAUCUAAAAUUUGUCACGUCCUUGGUAUUUCAGAUAAUACUUCAAAAAAAUCCAAGAGACAUCAGGCUCAAGGCUGUACAGAUGAAUCUAUUUGCGACAACAUGGAUAUAAAUGGCGAAGGACACGAUGUAAUCUGCCAUUGUGCUUCAAGUUCACAUUGUACAUCAGAUCCUGCUUUGCUUGUAUUGGAUGCUUUCCUGAGCUGUCAUCCCACAAAAAUAGUGAGGUGUGAAAACUUCCCAUCAGUUAUGAGGGCUUUCUCUGAUCUGUUGGACCAACUGAGAGGAGUUUCUCCAGAAAUUGAACUUCAUGUUAAAAAGGAAGCUUUUGUGUUUGCAUCUGACUGGUAUUCUACAUUGAUCGGGUCCGAAGUAAAUCCUACCGAGGUCGUGGCUUUUUUGCAGCUUUUAGCUAUUUAUAAAAUAACAGAUUCUUUCCAUCCAGAUGGACUUUUAGGUCUCCUGGAGAAAGUUCAGCCAACCAAAAGGGUUGUUUCUUUGGUCAAAAUCCUUGGGCUGACAGAUGAGAUCCAAUGCUUGGUCCAAAAUCUUAGAAAUAAAAAGCAGUGGCUGGUGGCAUUUAAUUAUGUCUAUGCAUUUGAGCUUGUUAACUUGGUUUCACCAGUGUUGCUCCUGAAGGAUUAUGUAAGUCACUCAAAACAGAUUGCCAAGCGAAUACUUCAUACUGGAAAUAGUUCUUAUCAAGCCCAAAUCAAGGCUAUGAACUGUGAAAUAUAUGCACUAAGAAAUGCAGUUAGACAUAUUGUGGAUCGUGAUCUUCAAUCGGAAUAUUCACCUUUCUGUCUUGAACGACAGAUCGAAAGACUUCAAUAUCAGAUGUCAAACUUGAGGCAAUCAAACUCAAAUUGGGACUUAACUGCUAAGUUCCAACAAGAUGAACCAAAUAACGGAACUUGCGAAUCUGCUCCAUUUGCUCAAGUGCGAAAAGAGUUCACAAGGAAACGCUCUGCCCCAGCUGGCGAAACUUAUGCUAUCUACAGGGCUCAACAAACACAGUAUUUUAAGCGCCCUUGUCAUUUAUCCAUGAGGAGAUGAGCUGUAUCAAGUGUUAUAUUGACAAACUUUCACAGCUAUGUUCUGUACAAUCAUUGUGGGUGUGCUUUGUGGAGGAACAUUUGAAGGGCUAAGAAGAGUUCAAUGAUAACAUUUUGAGGCUUACUUUUCCAAUUAUUUACAUGAUUUCUUUGCCAGCAGGAGGUAAACAAUUCAAUGAUUCCGAAGGCUAUCAGAACCUGACUAAAUUUCUUCACAAACAAUGCACAUAAAAGGACUACCAUGAUAUUGAAGGCGAGGUGGUUGUGGUGGUAUAUGUGUAAGGUCACGGGUGAAGG